AUGAAAGAAGUGGACGAUGAACUAUGCCAGGGGCCUGUAUACUAUUUGCCUCACCAUGCAGUAAUAAAGCCGGAGAGUACAACGACGAAGCUCCGUGUAGUUUUUGACGGUUCAUGUCACACGUCAACCGGUGUCUCUUUGAGCGAUGCGCUGAUGGUAGGGCCAGUCGUUCAGGACGACUUGUUCUCGAUUAUUUCCCGUAUCCGCUUCCAUCGCUUUGAUCUCGUUGCCGAUGUGGCCAAAAUGUACCGAAUGGUACGAGUUCAACCGCCAGAUCAACAUCUACAAAGGAUUUUAUGGAGAGAUUCUGCAGAUCAACCCUUAAAAUCAUAUCAACUCACCACUGUCACAUACGGAACUGCUAGUGCGCCUACAAAAUGUCUUACGAAGCUGGGAGAACAUUGCCAAUCGUCACAUCCACUCGCUUCCCGAGUAAUUCGAAAGGACUUUUAUGUCGAUGACAUGCUAUCGGGAGCUGACAGUAUCAAGGAAGCAAAUCAGCUGAUUUCAGAGGUGACGGAAGUAACAAAUUCUGCUGGAUUCACUCUCACGAAGUGGAACUCAAAUGCUACUAGAUUACUGGCGAAUCUUCCGAAGCACCUACGUGAUGAUCGAUCCGCUCUGGAAUUCAACUCCUCUGAUUCCACGGUUAAGACGUUGGGGCUUCGAUGGGACACGUGUGCGGAUAGUUUUUGUUUCACUUUUCCGCAGUGGAGGUCCACCGCAUCAGCUAUCACCAAGCGAAGUGUUCAUUCCGAUGCUGCAUGCCUUUUUGAUCCAUUAGGACUGGUAGGACCAGUAGUAGUGCAGGCGAAGAUAUUUAUUCAGCAAUUGUGGCGAUUGAAGUGCGAUUGGGAUGAUCCAUUGGAUGAGCAGCUUCAGGCAAUAUGGCGCGAAUACAAACAAAAUUUGUUGGCGUUAGAAUCUUUAUCCGUACCGCGUUGGAUCGGUUGCAGCCGUGAUUGGGCUCAAAUCCAGUUGCAUGGUUUCUGCGAUGCUUCCGAAGUGGCAUACGGAGCAUGUUUGUAUAUACGGUGCAUAUCAUCAGAUGGAACCGUCUCGGUUUGCCUCAUUUCGUCAAAGUCCAGAGUUGCACCACUGGAAAACCUCAAAGCAAAGAAAGAGAAAAUAAGCAUCCCGCGUUUAGAAUUAUCUUCCGCCCUCCUGCUCAGCCACCUGUACGAGAAGUUUUUACGAAUUGCACCAGUUAAAACCUCGUUCUUUUGGACAGACUCCAUGAUUGUCAAACACUGGCUGGCAUCACAGCCCUCCAGAUGGCAAAUUUUAAUUGCGAAUCGCGUAUCCGAGAUUCAACAUCUCACUAAAGAUGGCGCUUGGUAUCAUGUACCAGGUAUCGAGAAGCCAGCAGACUUAAUCUCGCGGGGAAUGUCACCUGUCCAGUUGCAGUACCAACGGCUUUGGUUUGAGGGCCCGCGUUGGUUGUAUCAAGCUUCAAAUUGUUGGCCUCAAGACGUGGAGGGCCCCCUGCAGAGAUCGAGCCUGAGCUUCUAG